AUGGCCGAGAAUCGAGAAAAGUCGAACCGCGCCCUAGCCUUUCUCCGGCGAGAAGAGCUGCGCCUCGCCACUUGCCCGGGCGUCGCAGCCAUCUUGUUCAGCCCCGCCGUGACUUGGAUCCGGGCGAGCGAAGCGAGAAAACUUGCCGUUGGAAGUAAAUUGGCAGUACAAUACGGCGGUGACAACGCGUAUGAAGGAGGGCUUAACGCGAACCCGCCCCCACCACGGUUCUGA